AUGUCGUAUGUCUCCGAUUACUCACACAAUGCGAGACGAAAACAUGAUUCCAUCUCAAUUUCCCUACCGCUGGGUUUCAAAGAGGGUCCCGAUGCAUCCCAACCCGAUGCGACGAAAUACAAUACAGCCCAAAGCUUGCCAUCCUGGCGCUGUUUAUUUUCCUUUGCUAAGCGAAAACACAUUCCAACAGCCAUCUCCGCCGCCGCGUGGUCGAUAGCUUCUGCAGCCUCGCAACCCGUGACGGCAAUCCUAUAUGGCAAGCUUUUUACCGAAAUCACUGGUUUCGGGCUCGGCCGUUUGACAGCUCAGCAAUUCCUUCAUAACGUGUCAACAUGGUGCAUAGCUGUGGCUAUCACAGCAGGCUGCUGUUGGGUCGUUAAUGGGGCCUCAUUAUCAUCUUGGAUGAUAUUCGGAGAAUUACAGGGAAAGAGCGCCCGAUCGAGGACAUUCAGUUCGAUGUUGGAGAAAGAGCUGCAGUGGUAUGACUUGAAAGAAGACGGGAUAGGUUCUUUACUCGUUAGGAUCCAAACGCAAAUCCGAGAACUUCAAUUAGCCAUCUCACAACCACUAGGAUUUGUUUUCACCGAAAUCUGCGGGGCAUCCAUAGCGCUUGGUAUUGCUUUUUACUUCUCCUGGAAACUUACGUUGAUGAUAUGCGCCACUAUACCAUUCGCCAUGCUGCUUCUGUCCUGGUUAUCGAGAGGUCUCGGCGGGGCUAUAGAAGAUCAAAAAGCCGAGCUAGCAAGAGCAUCAAAAUCUGCCAACACGGCAAUAUCUUCGAUUACAGUCGUCAAGGCUUUCAAUGGGCAAGAUACCGAAGUCUGGCAAUACUGUUCGAUAGUGAAAGCUGUCGCGAGUAAAUAUUUGGUUCAGGCAAGGGCUAACGCUCUACAAUAUGGAUUCACGAAAUUUCUGAUGAUUGGUUUAUUCGUACAAGGGUUUUGGUAUGGCUUGAUUUUAAUUCGUCAGGGUCUCAGUACAGGAAACGUGCUUACGACCUUCUACUGCUGUUUGUACGCGAUGCAAUCGGCUGAAAUAAUUCUGCCACAGUGGAUGGUGCUGAAGAAGGGGAUGUCUGCCGGGCAUACUUUACAAGUUUUAACAUACGAGUCACAAAUAUACGGUGGUCCGGGGAAUCCCAACGUAAUGAUCAAGCCCGAAUUUCGUGGUGGAGAUAUUGAAUUCAAGGGGGUCUCUUUUGCAUAUCCAUCCAACGUUGAUCAGCAAGUACUUAAGCGGGUCUCGCUAUUUUUUCCUGCAGGAGAGACAACGUAUGUCAUUGGAAAAAGCGGUUCCGGCAAAAGCACGAUUGGAAAUAUUCUGAUGAAAUACUACGCGGUGAAUCGUGACGACGUAUGCCUAGAUGGGAAAUCCAUCAACGAUCUUGAUACGGAGUGGCUUCGCAAGAACGUCAGUCUUGUUCAACAAGAGAAUCAUCUCUUCAAUGAGACUAUCCUUCAAAACAUUGCAUUCGGUAAACGAGAGAGGACUACGAAUGCGGAAAUUGAAGUCGCUAGCAAAACUGCAGAUCUCAUGUCAACGAUACUCAAUCUUCCAGAUGGGUAUGCAACCGUUGUUGGCUCGAAUGGUGUAGCAUUAAGUGGCGGACAACAACAGAGGGUUGCCAUUGCAAGAGCUCGCCUUCGAGACUCGCCAAUUCUUAUAUUAGAUGAAGCUACGAGUGCACUUGACAAGGCAAGUCGAGAAAGGGUCAUGGAAGAAAUUAGACGAUGGCGAAGGGGCAAAACGACAAUCAUCAUAACCCAUGAUGUAUCCCAAAUAUUGCAUGAAAAUUAUGUUUAUGUUUUAGAAAAGGGCUCUGUAGUAGAGGAAGGCUACAAGAAAAAGCUUGCGAAUCAGAUGUCCGGGAGAUUUGCCUCUUUUCUCGGUACGAGUGGCAUUCCCGAAAAUACAGCACCUAAAGGCCUGGGUAUAUCGGGGAAUUUUCAACACUUUGAACAAUCAAACGUCGUAAAGUCUAACAAGCUUCAUCGUACAGGUUCUCGUGGGACGAGGCGGCUUUCGAAGUUCUUGGGCAUCGGAGAGCCCUCGCUCCAGGCGAUGGGAAGUCCCAAUCUUGCGUCUCAUCGCUUCUCAUUAGGCAACCCCUUUCCUCAAUCAAGCCUGUCCCAGUUGACAGAGCACUGGAGUCCUUCACCGGUCCCUCAGAUUCCACAGAAUUACCAUUUAUCUCCAAGGCAGGUUUUGCCAGGAGAAUUAUCACCCCAGACGAUCCAGGAAGAAGAGGCUAGAGAGUAUCAACCAUGGUCCAAGGGGUACCAACAAUCCAUUCAGUAUAGCCCAAAUAAUACCGAAUCUACACCCAUGACCGACAUACGCCGCCAACCAAGUGUCAAUCCUUCCAGUACUUAUCGCACCCAGUCCAAACGACGAAAACGAACUUCUAUCUUUGGUUUUGAAGACGUUGAACCUCUGCACUCAGACGAUCCAUCACGUCCUGUUUUGGCCCCAUCUACUUCCCCAUUUAACAUGCAUGCUAGUAUAGCCAAAGCAACACGCCCAAUCUCGGACGAGUCAUCAUACAGAUCAACUAUGCAGAUGGUCAUGGAGGAACGAGACGCCCAAAAGGAAGCCAAAAAGCGAAAAAGAGAUAUCAACAAUCUACCCCCAGGCGUAUCUGCCUCUAUUCGACUCAUUCUUAGCACUAUCUGGCCAACCUUUGCUUGGAAAGAUCGCAUAGUUCUUAUUUUUGGGUUCGUAAAUGCAUUUAUUGUAGCGGCUGCCACUCCGGUGUUCGCAUUUUUGUUCGCCCAAUUAUUGAGCACAUUCUACACGACCAAGAACCAGACCGCGGAGGCAACAAAAUGGGCGCUUGUACUUCUUGGCCUUGCUAUCGUUGAUGGGUUUUCUGCCUUCUUUACCCAUUAUGCCCUCGAACAUUGUGGGCAAGAAUGGGUCAACGCUCUUCGUGUCGAAGCUUUAAAAAGAGUACUCGCUCAGCCUAAAGCUUGGUUCGAUAUGCCAGCGAACUCCACGGCUUCACUCAACGAUUUCUUGGAUCGAAAUGCUGAAGAGAUGCGAAAUUUACUUGGACGUUUUGCAGGACCAGUGUUCACUGUCGCAUGGCUACUCUCGAUUUCAAUCACUUGGUCGUUUAUCCUUUCUUGGAAACUCACUCUGGUGGCUCUGUCCGUAGCUCCAAUCAUGUUUGUUGCUACCAGAAUAUUUCAUCUUGUUAGUCUCCACUGGGAGCAAAGAACAGAUGCAGCAACCGCACAUCUCGGCAGCGUGUUUACUGAGACUUUCUCAAAUAUUCGUGUUGUCCGAGCUCUGACGCUUGAGAAAUACUUCACGAGGAAGCAUGAGCAAAGCUCAAUGGCAACUUUUAGAGUUGGCAUUCGAAGGGCGACCUACUCUGGCCUUCUUUAUGGUCUCACAGAUAUGAUCAGUGUAGCUGCAUCAGCACUGAUAUUCUACUACGGCUCUAUUUUGAUCUCUAACAGCGAGGCUAACCAACACAAAUGCUUCAACUUGCCACUCUACCAACCAAGAACUCUCACGGAUCUCAAGGCACAAAAAGACUCCCAAGUCCAUUUCCAAUCCGCUUCAAAAACCUCAACUUCUCCUACCCAAGCCAACCCACCCCACAUACGUUCUCUCAAGAACUUCAAUCUCACCAUCCUUCCCGGAACAAUCACAACCUUAGUCGGUCCCUCCGGCUCCGGCAAAUCCACAAUCACGUCCCUCCUCCUCUCCCUCUACCCGCCCGACUCACCCACCUCCCUAACCUUCGCCUCCCACCCCAUCUCCACCCUCAACACAACCAGUCUCCGCAACCACCUCGCCUACGUCCCCCAACAAUCCCUCCUCUUCCCCACCACCAUCCACCAAAACAUCAUCUACGGUCUCCCCGAAAUCUCUCCCCUAGCCACUCUCUCCUGCGCGACCCAAGCCUGCAUCGACGCCGGCAUCCACGAGUUCAUCGUCUCUUUGCCGAAUGGCUAUCACACGCUUCUUGGCGACGGAGGAAUGGGAUUGAGUGGUGGGCAGGCACAGCGGAUUUGUAUUGCCAGAGCGCUGGUAAGGCGGCCGAAGGUUUUGGUGCUAGAUGAGGCGACGAGCGCGCUUGAUGCGGUGAGUGCGAGGGGGGUGAGGGAUGUGUUGGUUAGGUUGAGGGGGAGGGGCACGGCGGUGGUGUGUGUUAGUCAUGAUGUGGAGAUGAUGAGGGUUGCGGAUUGGGUUGUGGUUGUGGAGGAUGGGGCGGUGGUUGAGGAGGGUGGGUUUGAGGAGUUGGUUAGACGGAGGGGAAGGUUGGGGAGGUUGAUUGGAGUUGGUGGAAGGUAG